AUGCAGAUCCAGACCAUGACUGCAACUUCCUCAAAUCACUCUGAGAUACUCGCAAUUCAUGAAGCAGGUAAAGAGUGUGUUUGGUUGAGAUCUGUUAUACAACAUAUUCGAGAAUCAUGUGGACUCUCCUCAAUCAAAGAUAGUCUAACAAUAUUAUAUGAAGAUAAUACAACAUGUAUUGCACAGGUAAGAGGAGGAUACAUAAACAGUGACAGAACCAAGCACAUUGUACCAAAAUUCUUUUCCACACACGAGCUCCAGAAGAGCUGUGAUAUUGAUGUUCAGCAGAUACGCUCGAGGGAUAAUCUAGCAGAUUUCUUCACUAAAGCGCUACCAACUACAACAUUCAAGAAGUUGGUGGAUAAUAUUGGAAUACGUCGACUCAAUGAUAUUUAA